AACAAACAUCUUUUCUCCCUUUCUUGGAAAAUCCCCCCAACCGGUAAAAUACAAUCGACGAAGCAAAAGAAAAGUCUUCUCGACUUGGAUUAAAAAAAAAAGAAUUAUUUCCGAGAAUCUUUUUAAUAACCCAAGAUUUUUUGCCCGAAAAAAUUCAAUGCAAUCAAUAGAAUAGGAGAAUCAUAAAAUUUCAUUUCAAUUCAAUAGAAUCUCGUUUUUUGAGCAACGGGAUUCGUCGUUUCUUCCGCGGCUUAUAAUUUCCUCGGAUUCUCCGCGUAAAGUUCCUAAUCUGCUGGAAUUUACGUUUUUGGUCCAGAAGCUCUCUGGUUUCUAUAUAUGAUUAGGACAGUGAAAGUGAAAGACUUUCUCAUAGAUUUGAUGAAAUGAGUUUGGUUGGAAGAGUUGGAAGUUUGAUUUCUCAGGGGGUUUACUCUGUUGCUACACCAUUUCAUCCAUUUGGUGGUGCCAUCGAUGUGAUCGUUGUUCAGCAAGAAGACGGUUCGUUCCGCAGCACGCCUUGGUAUGUUAGGUUUGGUAAGUUCCAAGGUGUCCUUAAAGGCGCCGAGAAGUUUGUGAAGAUAUCUGUAAAUGGCACCGAAGCGGAUUUCCACAUGUAUCUUGAUAAUUCUGGUGAAGCAUAUUUCAUCAGGGAAGUUGAUCCUGCAGCUAAUGACACCAACAACUUGAUUUCCAAUUCUGAGAAUAACAAUGGUAAUGAGAAUAACGGCGUGGGUUUUCGACUUGAGCAUAGUUUAUCGGACGCUGGUGCCGAGGAGUUACGAGAGGGUCUUAACUCUUUGAAUCGGCUUGACAGGACAGAGUCCGAUUGUAAUAGGAGGUAUUAUGAUUUCCAGGACGAUCCGCCUUCUCCAACCUCGGAAUAUGGAAGUGCUCGAUUUGAUAAUCUGAAUGUGGAAAGUUAUGGGGACUCUCAAGGCUCAGAUUCUGAAGUGGUUUUGGUGAGUAUUGAUGGACAUAUACUUACAGCUCCUGUGUCAGCGGCAGAACAGGAGGCUGAGAAUUUACGGUUAAAUACUCCUCAGUUUCACUUGGCCCCUGGUGAUGGAACUGAGUUUUGUGAAGGUAAUACUGAGUUUGCUUCGUCAGAGACUUCUUGGGAUACUGAAUACAUCAGUAAAGUGGAGGCAUCUGAUGCUGUUGAUAUUGGAUCUGAAAAAGUAAACAUUGGGAGCGUUGAGCGUAAUGAUUUGGAUUCCCAUUCUCGUGUUAUUACUGAAAAAGAUUCUCAUGAUGCUGAAAGAGAUAUUAUUGGGAACAGUUUCGAGCAGUCUGAGCUGACACAACCUGGUGAGAAUGCGAAGUCCGAGGCACCAGCUCCUACUUUUGAGGAUCAGAAUCUCAAAGAAUGUGAGCUUCUACCUACCACCAUCACGGAAAAUGAUAGAAGUGAAGAUGAAGUGGCUAUUGAAACAAUAAAUGCUCUUGUUCAUGUUUCUGAAUCUUCUGCAACCCAAAUAACAACAGAAGAAGUGAAAACAGAAUCCAGGAUAUCCGUUGAUUCUACUACGGAGUCAGAAUGUACAGAUGAAGAGAGAAGAAUAUCUGCGGAAACUGCCAUCUUGAUUGACAACCAGGAAAGCGAAAUUAUGGAGUCUGAAGAUCAGACUUCUGAGAGAGUCUCUAUAGAUUCAACGAGGGAGGAUAAUGAGAAACUAACUCCAUCUAAACCGACUGAGGAAGAUAAGGAGAACAGGGAGUCCUUGGAUUCUGCGACUUCUAGUGUGGACAUAAGAAAACCCGAUACAGAUCUGAGAUAUGAGCUAUCACUUUGCAAGGAUGAGCUUCGUCAGGGUAUGGGACUUACCGCAGCUGCUGAAGUAUUUCAUGCGCAUCGGAUAUCUAUGGAAGAAUAUAAAAAUUCGGCAACAUCGAUUCUUGAAAGUGAAAAUCUGGUUGUUAGGAUUAGAGAAACGUAUAUGCCAUGGAAGAAAGCUGCUCGAAUCGUGCUUGGGAAAGCUGUGUUUGAUCUAGAGUUAGAUAUUGAGCCAGAUGAUGUGAUUUCUGUGGAGGAAAAUGAAUCGGCGAAAUCCAAGGACGAUGAAACUACAAUAACUCCUACUUCAUCUGGAAGAAGAUGGAGACUCUGGCCCAUUCCUUUUAGAAGGGUUAAAACAAUCGAGCAUACAGGUAGUAACUCCUCGAGCGAAGAAGAUCUGUUUGUUGAUUCUGAACCUGGCUUACAGAACUCACCGGAAGCACUAUCAAUCACAGAGAGUCGCCAUGAGUCUCCGCGUAGACAACUUGUGAGAACCAAUGUCCCUACCAAUGAACAGAUCGCGUCUCUGAAUCUGAAAGAUGGUCAGAAUAUGAUAACUUUUAGUUUCUCCACGAGAGUUCUUGGAACACAACAGGUCGAUGCACAUAUUUACCGGUGGAGAUGGGACACCAAGAUUGUAAUUUCAGAUGUUGAUGGAACUAUAACUAAAUCUGAUGUGUUAGGUCAGUUCAUGCCUUUGGUCGGAAAGGACUGGACACAGUCUGGUGUGGCCAAGCUUUUUUCUGCCAUAAAGGAGAAUGGAUAUCAGCUGCUGUUUCUGAGCGCUCGUGCCAUUGUUCAGGCAUAUCUAACAAGAAGUUUCUUGAAUAAUCUAAAGCAGGACGGAAAAGCUCUGCCAACCGGUCCUGUAGUCAUUUCACCAGACGGGCUAUUUCCAGCAUUGUACCGUGAAGUGAUAAGAAGAGCGCCUCACGAAUUCAAGAUCGCAUGUUUGGAGGAUAUCAGGAAACUCUUCCCAAAGGAUUACAACCCGUUCUACGCUGGAUUUGGAAAUAGAGACACCGAUGAGCUGAGUUACAGAAAACUCGGAAUCCCGAAAGGAAAGAUAUUCAUAAUCAACCCAAAGGGAGAGGUAGCAACAGGACAUCGCAUAGAUAUCAAGAAGUCAUACACAUCACUUCAUACUCUUGUCAACGACAUGUUUCCUCCAAAUUCGCUUGUUGAGCAGGAAGAUUACAACCAUUGGAACUUCUGGAAAGUACCAGUAGAAGAGGUUGAUUAGAAAUGAGCUGCAGAUUGGGUCCAACAUGGCGGCGGCUGCGAAAGCUCCAUUAUUGGACUUUUGUAAGCCUUUUCUAUGACUUUGUACACAAGAAAGAGCUGGUCUAUUUUGUAAUGUCUCAUGUAGGAGUUAACAAACUAGGGAAAGAAUUAUAUAUAAGCUGUGACAUGUUCUGUAUAAGACCUUAUUUUUUAGAUUUUUUUUUUAAAUA